CUCUACAAUUCACAUCUUUACCAUUGUAACUAGUUUCCCCCUCACAAUUCAAAGAAACAGAAAGCUGUAAUCGUCUGCACUAUGGGCUACUGUAUUCUCUGCAGUCGUCAUUUUGCCAGCAAGAAAGCACUUGAACAGCAUAAACAGCACUCACCUGUGCACAACAACAAAAUCCACUGUCAGACUUGCGAUCGCUUUUUCGGUACCGAAGAAGCACUCGAACAGCACCGAAAACACUCGGUUGUGCACAAUAAGACCAUUCACUGCCACGAUUGCAAUCAAUCUUACGGCAGCAAUAAAAGAUUCAAGGACCACAGAAUGUUUUGUCAGGCCGCCUCGGAUUGGCCAUCAGAUCCCGUGGACGCUCUGUUGUAUCAAGGACGUGAUGAGGGCGCUUCAAGCAACAUCUGGCCAAGUAGUUCCAUCAAUGCGCAAUCUCUCCUCAUCGAACGUCUUGCUCGAAUGUUUGUCUCAACGACUCCACCCGCAAUCACUACACACUCGCAGAUAACCAGCGAGGACUUUUUUGAACCCACACAAGAGACCAGAGAAUUUUUCAUGUUUUCAGAACUACAUCCAAAAGUCAAAAACGCAGUCUUUCCAGAAUUAUCCUCGACAUGGUUCAACGACCAAAAUGACGACGACAACUUCGAUCAUGAGUGGUUUACCCACGUCAUGGGCAGAUUUAUAUGUAACAACAACAUCUGUAGGAAACAGUUUUGGAACAGUAGGAAGGUGCCUAUCGAGAUAAGAGGAUACGAAAACAACGGAUAUAUCGCGAUUGUGUACAACCAGAGAUGCAAGUCUUGCGACUACCUAGGCACCUUUGAGCUAGAUGAACGAUCCUAUAUCGAAAGAGUCGCGUAUCGGCUCAAGAAAUGGGCAGGCGUGAACAUGGAGGCCCCACCUUUCAAUGGAGUCGAGGGCCCACCACACGAGCGGGCCUAUUGCGAAGGCUGUAAACGAGGUAAAUGUCGAGAGGGAGAUGGGUUUGGGUUGUAUUAGACGUUCCAAGUCCGGGUCUACGUUCAUGUCGACAAUUGGCUACUUUGUAUCUGUGUUUGAGAUGUUUGGAGGCCGGCAAAAUGUCUAGAGAUAGGGCCCAAGGGCUUGAGGAAGUAUGAUCAGCAGGAAGAUAGGUGGGAGGUUUAGGAAACUUUCGCUUCUUUAGCAGCACAAGGUAAUGCGUGCAGUUACAUGGUCUGCCUUUCUUUCUGAGAAAAUCAAGGUGUGAUUGUCGAUCAAUAGUGAAUAUAUGUGACUGUUUUGGAUACAACAGUAUUA